CCUAGAUGUUCCUAUUAUUAUCAUCCAUUGUGGUCAUUUCGGCAUAACGCGGAUCAACCAUAUUCCGAAGAAUUUCGGGCCUAUAAUUUUCCGCUGCGAUCGUCGAUCGAAGGAGGGGUUGAGGGCGCAAUCUGCAACACCCUCCUGUUCUGCUUCAUUUACGGCGGAGGCCGUCAUUUCUCCGUGCUACCGAUGUCGAGCAGAGUACUCGGCCCCCAGGAAAUAUCCGCAACCGAUCGCAGUCGCUGCCGACGAACCGGACCCCACCUCAUCACCGGGCGGGCCCGCCGCCAACUACUUUUUCGAUCCCGCGGGGACUAACGAAAGCCUUGCCGCGCCCGACCCAUAACUAGCAUCACGAUUUUGCUUUUUCCCAGUCAUGGGUGACUUUGGACCCGAGGUGCCGUCAGAGGGAACGCUACCCGGGCCGAAGACUGCGGAUCCGGCAGUUGUGAAGGAUGAGGUUCAUGUUCUUAUCACGGGCUUCGGGCCGUUCAAAACCAACCCUCUCAACCCUUCCUUCCUGAUCUCAUCCACCCUCCCCGCAACCAUACCCACGACACCCUCGAGCUCCCGCAUGGUCCGAAUUCACACACACCCGUGCCCGAUUCGAGUUUCAUAUUCCACCGUCCGAGUCACAAUCCCCACCAUAAUAGACUCAUUCAAGCGCACACACAAUGGCCAGGCUCCGGACCUGAUCAUCCACAUUGGGAUGGCGUCAACGCGGCAUUACUACUCGGUAGAAACGCAAGCGCACCGUGAUGGAUACCGCGUAACAGACAUUGACGGCCAGCUGGGCUACGACGACGGGGAGGCAUUCUGGAAGUGGGAAGGUUUACCGGAGACCUUACAACCCGGCCCACCCCGACUUGACGUCUCCUCUGCCGGUUCCGCUCGCCCGGUUACAGCAUCAUCAGACCUGAAACGUCAGGUCCACAUACACCCCUCGUCACCCGAUGCGGAGUUCCUGGAGACCUGGCGAUCCUAUCUUCCACCGAAGACCGAUAUACGAUUAUCAGAGGACGCUGGGAGAUAUCUUUGUGAAUUUAUAUAUUAUACCAGCCUGGCACACGCGUAUAAGGAUGGGCGAAGUGGGAAUGUUGUGUUUCUUCACGUCCCUGGUUGGACGGACCAAGACAGCAUCGAGAAGGGGAAAGCUGUCGUUAUCGGAUUGAUACGAGCACUGGUCGCUUGUUGGAUUGAGCAGGGUGCAAAAGCGAAUGGAUGAUUUGGUUUAAAAAGGGAUCAACCUGCUUGGCAUGAAGCCAAGAGACGUCUGGUUCGGCCCCUGCAAGAAUUGGACCCUAUCAAAGUAAGCUAUGGACUGCUUGGUGACUUUGCUUUCGAUCUCAUUGCCUUUCCUACAACGUUUCGGGGAAACGGGAUUUAUGAUGCGUAGCGACGAUCCCCACGAAUAGCUACGAUUACGAAGUUUAUGUCUGAUGAACAAAUCCAUACUCUC